AUGUUUUUUUUUACGAUAGUUGUGGUUUUAGCAUUAGUUGGUUUCCUUGCCUUGACCCUCCUCGCUGUAGAUUCCUUAUGGAGUGUCCUGGAAAUGGUGUCAUCGUACUUGAUGCCAUAUUUCUUGCCAUCUGAAGUGGAGACUCUUACAAAGAAAUUUGGACCUUGGGCUGCGGUAACUGGCAGUACAGACGGUAUCGGGAAACAUUACGCGCUGGAGCUGGCGCGACGAGGUUUCAACGUAGUCCUCAUCAGCCGUAACCCUGACAAGUUGAGGGCUACCGCUGAAGAGAUAGGGAAGUUGCACAGUGUUAAGACCAAGAUAAUUGUGGCAGACUUCAGUGGGGGCUCUCAGAUAUACUCGCAUAUAGAAGAGGAACUAAAAGACAUUCCUCUAGGAGUAUUGGUAAACAACGUAGGCUUGAAUUACGACUAUCCGAUGCCCGUAUGCGAAGUUUCGGACACGAAAACUUGGGAAAUUAUCAACGUGAAUGUAGGGGCGGUGACCGCUAUGAGUAGACUGGUGUUGCCUGGCAUGGUGGCGCGCGGACGUGGGGCUCUCGUCAACGUGUCCUCUGGCUCCGAGCUGCAACCGCUGCCGCUUAUGACAAUAUACGCGGCUACAAAGGCAUAUGUGCGCAGUUUCACAUACGCUCUCCGCGCUGAGUACAGUCCGCUGGGCAUCCACGUGCAGCAUCUAGCGCCGCUGUUCGUGUCCACCAAGAUCAACUCGUUCUCGCAGCGUCUGAUGGACGGCAACCUGCUGGUGCCGGACGUGGCCACCUUCUCGCGCCACGCUGUCGCCUCGCUAGGCCGCGUCUCUAACACCACCGGCUACUGGCUACAUGGGAUUCAGUAUUUCUUUAUUAAAAUUGCUCCGGAAUGGCUCAGAAUGAGGAUCGGUCAUCAGCUGAAUGUGGAAUUCCGUAAAGAAUACAUGAGGAAUAAUAAAGUUAAAUCUAGUUAA